AUGUGCUUAGACUUAUACUUGACUUGUGCUUUCGUAAGAAUGGUCUUGAGAAUUUUCUAGGGACGGUAUUUUUAUAAGUUUCUUACGUAAGAAAAAGUGAAGCAUGACUUUGUGCUUACUUUAAGAAUUUUCUAGGAACCGGACCUGUAUUACCGUUAUAUAAACAAGAGUUGUAGAGAAGUCAAGAGUGAAAACAUAGGAUUGUGACCCACAGCAUUGACACACGAUGGUGUCACAUCCCUUUAUUUGGUUUCGUGUUGAAGGAUAGUCACAACGUAAUACCGGGGUGUCACAUUUGACUAUGGUGUCACAAUUAUAAUAGGGACUGGCUGGUUUCGACCAUGUCAUAUAUAUAUCUUCUGCAGUUAAUGUCGAAAAUGGACAUAAUUCUAAUUUUGUAAAUGCUUUACGGAAUAAAGUCAUUUAAGAGCAGACACCCUUUUUAGUUUGCAAGGGAUUGAAAAUCCCUAAGGUGCAUCACCCUCAGCUUGAUUUGGUCAUGUAAAAUAUGAUAACGUCUCUUUCUAGUAGUAGCAAAUGGAACAGAUUUGCUUUCAUGUGAACAACAGGGUAUCUUUGUCAAAUUUUCUUUAUCUUAUCGAAGAAAAUCUGUACGUGUAAAUUUAACUUUAUGUAUUUAUAGGUCAAUGACAAUUUUAUUUAAAUCAAGGUCAGCUAUUGUAAUCAAAUCUUUACAGGAUAUGGUAUGAUUGUAAUCUACACACACCAUAGGUUCAUUUACAGAAGGGUAUAUUGGUUUAUCAGGACGUAUGUUUAUAUUAAAGGAAGGGUUUCUGUUUUACUAAACCUGUCAUAUAUAAAAACGAAAAGUCACAUUGGUUCUAUCUGAUGAGUUAUUUUGAUGGAUGAAAGGGUAAUUGUGAAGUCAGUGGAAAUCUAAUACACUUUUUAUAUUUACGAAUAUCCAUCAACACGUUCCACCCCUAUGGAUGCACUCGGGUUUGAAUUUACAAAUAAAUUACAAAAACAGACUUUAGCUAAGCUAUAUGAAAUACAUUAUUAAGUAAACACGGAAUUCUGGUACAAUUUAUAUUUUCUAAUAAGGUUCAAAAACCAGUUGUACUCAAAAUGACACUAUAUUUGAUAUUGCUAACUGUAGGCUUUCAAUGGACAGGAGGUGUGGAAUCAGAAGGUCACACGGUGCCUCGCAAACCUUGUCUAUAACUAUAGCCAAUAAGUAGACCUACUUGCUUUUCAAGUAGUUGAGAAUACAGAUGUUAAAAUGUGAGAUAUUUUUAAUCUACACUUAUAGGUUAUAACCUUAUUGGAACUGUACCUGGAGGUGUUUAUACAGCUUUAUAUAGUAAUAAUAUCAUACAAGAUCCAUAUUAUAGAGAUAAUGAUGGUAAAUAUAGAUGGAUUGGGCUUGAUGAUUGGACAUACACCAGAUCGUUUCAAUUAAACGCUGAGUCCAUACAAAAGAACAAUAUAAUAUUAGUAGCAGAAGGUCUCGAUACGUUUUCUACCCUCAGUAUCAAUGGAAAACAAAUUGGUACAUCCGAAAACAUGUAUGUUAGAUAUACAUAUGAUAUCAAAAACGUUGUCAAGCCUGGUAAUAACACAAUAACAGUUGCCUUCAGAUCUGCUGUAAAAGAAGCAGAAAGGUUGGCCAAUGAGUCGCCCUACUUCAUUCCACCGAACUGUACAGUACCAGCCCAACAUGGUGAAUGUCAUGUUCAAUUUAUACGUAAAGCUCAAUGUUCCUUUAGUUGGAAUUGGGGACCAUCUUUUCCCGUGCAGGGUAUAUGGCAUGACAUCUAUAUCCAGUCAUUCGAUACAACUGUUAUAAGAGAAUAUUCAGCUUUAACAAAGAAAGCUGGUGAUAAUACAUGGAGUGUAGAUGUUGAAGUACAUUUUGACGUAAGAACUGGAAGUACAACAGGAGAACUAGAAACACAACUUGUAGGAACACCUGUUUCUUUAAGACAAGUGAUUACAUUAAACUCUGCUAAUAGCAGUGUUCGGUAUACUCUGAAUAUACCAAAGGAAAUGAAUAUCGCCAUGUGGUGGCCAAAUGGAUAUGGUAAUCAAUCUUUAUAUGAACUUACAGUCAAAUUUACUAGUGAUAAAAGCCAGGAAUCAACAGCUAAAACUAUUAAGAUUGGAUUUAGAACUGUUGAAAUUGUCCAAGUUCCUGUGUCAAACAAUCCGAAACAUGGACUGACUUUUUUCUACAAAAUAAAUGACGUGCCAGUAUUCUUCAAGGGUACUAAUUGGAUUCCAGCAGAUAGUUUUCUAGAGAGAGUGACAUAUGAUAAAAUAAGAAUACUUUUAACAUCAGCUGCUGAGGUCCACAUUAAUUCAAUGAGAGUCUGGGGUGGAGGGAUUUAUGAAAGUGAUUCUUUUUAUGAAUUAGCUGAUGAAUUGGGAAUUAUGAUAUGGUCAGAUUUUAUGUUUAGUGUAGCUUUAUAUCCUACAACUAAAUCAUUCCUUGAUACUGUUACCAUAGAAACACGACAACAGGUUAGACGUAUUAAGCAUCACCCUUGCAUUGCGGUUUGGGCUGGUAAUAAUGAAAAUGAAGCUGGAAUAACACAGGGAUGGUUUGGAGUGAAAGAUGUUGAUCCAUAUAAAGCAGAUUAUAUAAAGUUAUAUAUAAAUACUAUUGGAUCUAUUGUACAACAAGAAGAUACCACUAGAGAAUAUUUAUCAUCAAGUCCUUCGGAUGGGAAACUUACAAAACAAUCUGGAGGCAUUGCUCCAAAUCCAACUCUUGAAUAUUUUGGUGACGUACAUUUCUACAGCAACUAUGUAGAUUUAUGGGACUGGCGAAAUGUUCCAAUUCCUAGAUUUGCAUCUGAAUAUGGUUCUGAAUCUUGGUGUAAUUAUGAAACACUUCAGCCUGUUUUUGCAGAAGAAGAUUUAGAUUAUUGGUCUUAUAUCGCCAAUUGGCGUAACCGGGACACAGCUGGUAAUUUCGUUAUGAUGACUGAGGCCAUGACUCAUAUACAAUUACCAAACUCACCUUAUGUUAAAGAAAGAUUCCAGGAUUUAAUAUAUGUCACACAGAUACACCAAGCAAUGACCAUGCGAGUUGAAACAGAACAUUAUAGAAGACAUACUAACUGGCUUGGUGCAGAUGGUCGUGGUUUAACUAUGGGAGCGAUGUUUUGGCAGAUAAAUGAUAUUUGGCAAGCUCCAACCUGGGCAUCAAUAGAUUAUGACUUGAAAUGGAAGAUGAUACAUUACUAUGCCAGACAUUUCUUUGAUCCAAAUUUGAUUUCACCGUACAUCAAUGGCACCAAUCUAAAUAUAUACAUGGUUAUAGAUGAAAUUCCAAAUCAUUUAGACCGACAUCCUGAUACUCAUACUCUAGAAUUUAGACCAUUACAAGAACAUCGGGAACUGAAAGAAAUAUAUCCCAAUGUUGAUUCCGAAAAGGUGAUGGCUAUGGAUAACACAGUUAUUAUGGAGAUGUAUACGUGGAAUAAUUUAAUACCAUUAAAAACAUGGACAAUUCCUUAUCACUUAAACAAAACGUCUGGUUUAAUAUUUCAAGAAAAUUUAGAUGAUCUUUUAUCUGAAGCUGGUUGUUUUGAUCAGAAAAAUUGUUUGUUUUAUUUUUAUCUCAACUCUAAAUCUAAUCCAACCAGUACAUCAUGGCUUCCAUUAACAUAUUUUACUGAUAUACAGGAUGUUAUCAAUGAAGCACAAAUAACUAUAAACCAAGUUACAUCUCAGUCAGCCACUGAAUUUAGUCUUGUUUUAUCAACCAAUAAUAUAGCACCGUUUGUAUGGAUAAAUGCCUACAACAUAUCAGGAAGAUUUUCAGAUAAUGGCUUUCUUAUGAAAGAUCCUUUACUUCAGUUGACGUUUACUUCUUGGCAACCAGUAGACCUAGAUACAUUCAAAAAAUCUUUAACUGUUAAAUCUUUAAUGAAUAUGUAUUAUUAGAUCGGACAAUAUGAUUAUCAAUGCUAAAUAUCAAAUGAAGGAAAAUAUCGAAUAAAUUAUAUUACAAAGGAUUUCUCGAAAAGCUGAUUAAAAUGUUGGAAUGUAUGUGUGAGUGAAAGGAAAGUUGCGGUGUUUUUGGUAUUAAAGGCCAGCUUGUUGUUGGUGUGUUAAUGAUUUAUAUUAAAUCACUAGCAGGAUACCCGGCUUCGCUCGGGGGUCAUAACUCCGAAACCGGAAGUGGUAGACUAACGCCACCUGGCCUAUGUUACUCCCCGGUCGGAGCUACCCCUAUACCCCAAAUUUCAGACUCGGGGCAGACCUAGUGUAGCCGCCAACUCCGCUUCGCUCGGGGGUCAUAACUCCGAAACCGGAAGUGGUAGACUAACGCCACCUGGCCUAUGUUACUCCCCGGUCCGAGCUACCCCUAUACCUCAAAUUUCAGACUCGAGGCAGACCUAGUGUAGUCGCCAACCCCGAACAGACAGACAUACAGACAAACGACAGUCACAAAUAUAUGUAUAGAUUAUGGAUAUAACAGUGCAUGAAAUAAUAAAACAUGUUACAUUGUAAUUGAUUUCAGCCUAUUGUGAUUUCACUCUGGAAUAGUGUAGCUAUAGUGUACCUUUCAAAG